AUGGACACCCACCCAGAACAGGAGAGAGGGGACACUCAGACCCUGACUGGAGGCAAUCCCAGCUUCUUAGCUGCUCAGAUCUCCCAGGCUCGACCUCCGAUGGGCUGGCAGGUGAGCUUUCCCGGUUCCUUCCUGCGCCACCAAGGCAAACGUGGACUGGAUAUCGGCGCUGAGUUCUCCUCUCUGGGACGUGCCCCUGCAACACCUCUCCAUCCCAGGGAGUCACGACACGAUGACAUACUGCCUGAACAAGAAGUCACCCAUCUCUCACAAGGAGUCAAGGCUGCUGAGCUUCGGGGCAAAGUGCUGCUAUGUCACCCUGCCCGUGGUGCUCAAGUGGUCCACCACCCAGGUACUGAGCAUCACGAAGCAGCUGGAUGCCGACGUGAGGACCUGCGGAUGGCGCACACAGAGGAGGGCACCGAGGGGAACCUGCACUCUGGCCACAUGGUGUACACGACGGCCCUGGUGGAGGACAUGCUCACGGAGAUCUCGGAGUGGCUGGAGAACCACCCCCGGGAGGUGGUCAUCCUGGCAUGCAGGAACUUCGAGUACAUGAUGGAGGACCCAUGCAAGUACCUGAUGGGCUGCAUCAAGAACAUCUUUGGGGACAUGCUGUGUCCCCAUGGGGAGGUGCUGACUCUGUGCCAGCUGUGGUCACAGGGCCAGCAGGUCAUCCUGCGGUACAAGGACGAGGCAUCCAUGAGUCAGCAUGCAGAACUGUGGCCCUGUAUCCCCUACUGGUGGGGGAACCAGGUGAAGCACCUAGACCUCGUCCACUACCUGGAGCACAUGAAGAGCUGCAGCCACCCAAGUGAGCUGUUCCUGGCCGGCAUCAACCUCACAGAGAACCUGGAGUUUAUCCUCAUCCACCCAGCCUGGUCCCUGGAGAACGUGACUCUGCAGGGGCUCCCCUACCUUUGCGUGUGGGUGAGGGGCCAGUGCCCAGGGUCGGCCGCCGGAUGCACCAACAUCGUCGCGGGCGGCUUCAUCCCGGCUGAUGAGUUUGUUGGCGACGUCAAUGGGUGGAGCCGGAAGCUCCUUGGGGCUGAGGGACAGCGCAUGUGUAGAGCUGGGCAUCGCGGAGGGCGCUCCUCUUUCGCAUCUUGUGACGUCACUGGGCUGAACCGGAAGCUACUUGGGACUGAUGGAUGGCACGUGGGUGGAGCUGGGUAUCACGGAGGCUGUGUCUCAGUCGCGUCCUGUGACGUCACGGUCCUAAACUGGAAGCCACCUGGGUGCUGA